GCGCUCGCCUCUAUUAAAAGAGUUCCGAAAAUGCACCCACUGAACUGAUUUUCCCGAACUGUCAAAAUUCUUUCCACACUACAACAUCCGGCCAUCUUCCUUUCCUUUUUUAAUUCUCUUGCAAGAUGGCGCGAGGACCCAAAAAACAUUUGAAGCGUUUAGCAGCACCAAAGGCAUGGAUGUUGGACAAAUUGGGAGGAGUUUUUGCUCCUCGUCCAUCAACUGGCCCACACAAACUUAGGGAAUCCCUGCCCUUGAUGAUCUUCUUGAGAAAUCGUCUAAAGUACGCCCUUACCGGCUCUGAAGUUACCAAAAUUGUUAUGCAGCGUUUGAUUAAGGUUGACGGCAAAGUUCGUACCGACCCAACUUUCCCAGCUGGAUUCAUGGAUGUCAUCACCAUUGAAAAGACUGGCGAAUACUUCCGUUUGGUCUAUGAUGUCAAGGGACGUUUCACCAUUCACCGUAUCUCCGCCGAGGAAGCUAAGUACAAGCUGUGCAAGGUUCGCAAGACCCAACUCGGCUCCAAGGGAGUUCCUUUCUUGGUCACACACGACGGCAGGACCAUCCGUUACCCUGAUCCAUUGAUCAAGGCCAACGACACCGUUCAAGUUGACAUUGCCAACGGCAAAGUCACUGACUACAUCAAGUUUGAUUCCGGAAACUUGUGCAUGAUUACUGGAGGUAGAAAUUUGGGACGUGUCGGCACAGUCGUCAACCGUGAAAGACAUCCAGGUUCUUUCGAUAUUGUCCACGUUAAGGAUACACAGGGUCAUGUGUUUGCCACCAGAUUGACAAACGUUUUCAUCAUUGGCAAGGGCAACAAGCCAUACGUUUCGCUGCCAAAGGGCAAGGGUGUGAAAUUGAGCAUUUCUGAGGAGCGUGACAAGCGAUUGGCCGCUAAGACUCAUUAAAGAACUACUUUUUUUU